GUGAAACUCACGGAGGACCGUUCUCCAACAAGUAGUACCUCCCCUCCUCGUCAGGACGCGACGCGCGUGCACCAUGAGGAUUAUAUUGCUGGUAAUCCCGGCGUGUCUGCUCGCCCUAACGGAAGCGCGGCGAGUGCAGAUCCGGCCUCGCGUGACGGAGCCUCAAGUGUACUACGAGGAGCACGACAAUCAGGCCGCCGAGGACGAGUUCGACACCGUAGCGGUUUAUCAGCCGCGCACCCGCGCACUUCCGUCGCCACGAUCCAAGGAUGCGCUACACGGGUCGAAGCCGCCGCCGGUGCAGACUAUCAGGAAUUACAACAAAGUUAACGACGACGGGUCCUUCACCUUCGGCUACGAGGCGGCCGACGGUUCUUUCAAGGAGGAGACCCGCGGCACCGACUGCGUCGUGCGCGGCAAAUACGGUUACAUCGAUCCGGACGGCAAUAAAAGAGAGUUCACCUACGUUUCGGGCAAUCCAUGCGAUCCAAACGCGCCGAAGGACGAGGAAGAGGAAGAGCCGCCCGAAAAGGAGGAAGAGGACCUGCCCGGGCCGGCGAAUUAUCCCGUCGUCAGACCUAUACCUCGACCUGUCUCGGUGAGACCCACGUAUCAUCCGACUACCACUCGUGCACCCACCACGAUAUUCCAGACCGAAUACCAGCUCGACGACGACGCCAGCCAGGAGCUGACCGAGGACGAUCUGAAACCGCAGCUGCGACCGUCGGCCUUCAGAAGACCCGCGACCUUAGUGUCAGUCACACCCUCGACCUCCAUUUACGAAUCUUCGCAGUCUCCCAGCCCCCAGUCUAUCUUUAGGCUAGCUUCCACCCCCGCGGCCCAAUAUCAGACCACUGCGACGCCUGUCCUCCGUAGCCAGCCUACAGUCACCUCGAGCGUCUACCAGUCGCUCGAGACCACCACUCGCCGGCCGGUGACCCGUCAUCCCAGGCCCCAAUCGGUCGCGAUUACCCCACGACCCCACGUCGCCCAAGUAGCCGCGCAAUACGUCUCCCCUAGUAGCACCGAGCGCCCCAGCAGUCUGCUCUACGCCCAGACCCACCCCACGAUAUCGCCAUUGCGCACCACGACCGCCGCUAGUACGCCCCACCUCGACUUCGCUGCCGAGCUCGAGCGUUACGUGAACACGGUCGGCUCGCACGUGCCCGCCGCCCCCGUUGCGAGGCCCCAGACCGCAUCGCCCCAAACCAACUCGAGAGUUAAGCUGACCGGUCAGACGACGGUCACCGCCGCUUCCGCAGCCGCCGAACCCAUCUACCAAUCGGAGCUCGUGUACGAUCCCGCGACCGGUCAGUACAAUACCCAGCUUUAUCAGACAUUACCCCAAACCGUGGGUGACUUUAGCCUCAGUCACAAACUCCAACCGUUCGUAGCCCAGCCCCAGUCCCUACUCGGUCUACAGCAGCUGCAGCAGUACCAGCAAGCCCAGCGCCCGGUCUAUAAACAGGCCCAGUCGGCGCCCACCCCGACCGUCACCCAGCCCCAGGAGGUGCUCUAUAGGAAGCAGCAGGCGCAGCUGCUGCAGCAAUCCCAGCAGCUCUACGCCCAGCAGCAGCGUCGCCAGCAACAGCAGCAGCAGCAGCACCAGCAGCAGCACCAGCAGCAACCUCACAGGCUCCAGCUGCUCGAGUCGCAGAGAGAACCCCAGGCCUUCUAUUACGUCGCGCCCUUGAAGGCCUCCUCUGCCACCACGUCCCUUUCAGUAGGUCAGAUCGAUCAGUUUCUCCGAGGUAGCGGCGCUAAUAACUACUGAUGCAAUCUGAGUCGCGAUUCCUAAGAGAUCUCCCUCGGGUCCUCGAAUCGCCCCCUCGUCGAUAUUUAUCAUUUCGGUAUUGCCUCGUGCGUCCCUCGCGAGCUAAACCGCCGAGGAUCUCGCGCCGAUUAUCAUCGCAAUGUCGGCCCGUGCGUACACAGAGGGUAUUACAUAUAAGUAUGCAUUAUAUAUAAAGAAUAUAUAUCUCACGUGGUGGCGCCGAAGCUGGGAUAUAUGAGAUACAUCGUCGAGUGAAUGGCGCACGCGAACGCUUCGACGCACGCGUUGCACGCGGGGAACGCGCGUGCAAGUAUACAUAUUUAAUAUGAUUCGCGCGACGCGAGAAAGGCGCGCGCGCGCGCGCGCGCGAACGUGCAUAGUUGCGAUGAAAAAGUAUCGCGAUAAUAAAGGCCACGGAGUUUUACCGUCGCCGUGCAUUGGCAGGAAACGCGAACUUUCCGGGAAACGCAUUCAAGGUUCAUUAUUACCAGCGGCUCUCGCGCGGUCUUUCCGCAAUUUUCAUUUUGCAGUAAUGUGGGAUUUUCCGAAUUACCGUGUUCCCGAUAGCGCUUUCACGCUUUGAUAGCCGUACACGUAAUUGUAUACAGCGCUCGCCUUUCCGCCCGACGCGUGUCUCAAAGCGUUCUCGCGCUAUCCGCUCGUCUCGGCUGACGCGCGAACGACGAUAUUAUCCGUCGACGACGCAAUCGGGGAACGAAGGUUAAAGAGAUUAAAGUAUGUGAUAAUGGAUGGAGGGGCCGCAUACGAUUACGUGGACAAUGUAACUCGUAACAACGACGGAGAGCCGAGUGGCGAAACGUGAUACGUGACAAAAUUCAAAUCUUCCUAGAUAAUCGUAUCCUUUUGACUUCUCUCCGCAAUUUCCCCAGUUGAACAAUCUCACGAUAAAUCUCUCAUUCCCCUCCGGAAACGCGUAACGGGAAAAGAAUAUUAUUCGAGCGAGCUUCAGCGUCGUUUCGGUAACUGACAACUUGUCGAAACAAUGCAUUCAUUAAGAGCGGCGAAAUUUUAUUUAUUCGCGCCGAGCCGAGUUGACACCGAAUGGGGGUUCCUUCCGUUUCUCAGGCCGAUUCCGAGAACACCUCUCUUUCCAUUCUGGUAUAUCGCGCACGUUUAUGAGGCAUGUUAGAGAGUGAAAGCCAACGACCUGACGCAAUACUCACGCAUGUACGAUGUAUUACCGUGGCAAUUUCUCGCGGGUCCCUAACACCGUGCCGUCGUAAAGGUAUCCACGGAGGUUCCGCGAUACAAACGGAACACUUGGUCGCGCGGCCGCGGACCUUUUAUGCACGACCCCGUAAGCCCAAGCGACGUAAUAAUGCUCGACUCGAUUACAAAACGUCGAUCCAGUGCAACAUCGAGUCGCAUGAAAGGCGAGUGAAACGCGAUCAGGCAGAAGGGGAUAAUUAGUCGAAUCAAAACCGCCGGUGUUUCGAGAUACCUUCGAUUAGGCGUACAAUGUUGCACAUCCAUACUAUUGUGUCAUACGGUGCAUCGAAUGCAUCAUGAUAGUGUGCGGAUUGAUUGUCUCCUCGUUCUCGCCUCUCCUAUUCUCUCUCUCUCUCUCUCGAGAUCCUCAAAGGUCUAACCGUGUGCCUAAAGUGCUAAGAAAUUAUUGUGCAUUUCGUAUUUUUCAAAUUAAAAAAAGAACUGGAGAUUUUAAACGAACGGAGGUAUUUCGCAUUUUUGUUGGACCCGAUUUGAAAUUAUCGUGUAAAUCUCUGCUGUUAAAUGACGUAACUUUUCGCGACGAAAGCUUCGCCAUUCAUUUGGUACUUGGUGCAACGUUUCUAAUACUUUCGAACGUAUCGUCGCAUCGAGAUUCCCAGGCUUGUCUACCUCGUUACGUCUUCGAAUUCCGCGAUGCAAACGGCACCGCUCGCGUUUCAACUUUUGACUGGACAGCAAUUCCGAUAUUCGAUACCCGCGGACGUCGGUAGGAAGUGCGCUCGGCCUUUUGCAACGUAGAAUUUUGCAAGCUUGCCGCGAGUAGGGUUCACCGCGAGUCGACCGAGCCGGGGAAACUGCAAUACAUUCUUAUCGGCGUAGCCGGGUUUGUAGGGACAACAUUCUAUUCGCGCCGCAGCCGUCGCGGACUUUCUAUUUGCAUUCUCUGUCACAAGUGUGAGAAUCGAUUCGAGUUUAAUGCGUUCCGCGGCUCGGCCGUUCAGCCCGCGGAAAUGUAUGUAUAUCAAAUCCGGGAAGGAAAUCGACGGGUUCGCGCGCGCCGACGAAAUCACUUUUACCCACGACACCACCGGCCACUGGUGAAAAGUACACGAGGUUUCUCGGACAUGUAUCCUAUCAUUACGGGGAUUUAAUGAAUGCAAUUUUCCCUCAACAAAAUCUUAGCGAGAGAUUGUCCUACAAUGAUUAUUAAAAUUGCAACGUCCCGAAUACAUUAACAUUUAAUUCUCGAGAGCUGGACGUUUAAGGCAGAACUUGCUUAAAAUUAAUAGGUAAGGUGACUUCGAUGAUUCAAUUAUCAAGAGCUGUAAUUGACAGCGUCGUUACAAUCCGCGUGUUCCCGUAAAAUGCAAUUCGACGCACGUGUCUCAAGAGAUUUAUGCACCACCGUGAAGAGAUGCAUCUUAAUCGAUGAUUUCGUGGUUUCGUCGCAAUCACGUCGCUGCUAUAAUGGGCUCAGAGCGGCGGUUGUCUACUCAUACUGUAAAUAAUACUCGUUAGCGUUAAAAUGCAUAGCGACUACUUAGCAAUUCAUACGCAUAAUUAAAGAUACGACAAUUGCGGAAUAAAUCUUCGUAAGGAAGAGUCUUACGUUACAGUUGUUUUCUUUUUAUAUUAUUUGUAAGCAUAAUCGAAAGAAAAGUAUCAUUGC